UAAUUAACAAAUUGUAACUUUAAAAUUUUCUCUGUCCUUUUUGUUUCUACAGUUUCUUUUUCUCUAUCUUAUAAAGGCUGAUGACAAUGUUAACAUAACAUGGUUACAGACCAAUUUGCAAGAACCUGUUCCCUGUAUUACUUUGGUUUUUGCAUGGUUUGGUUGGUGGGGUAUUGGAUCCAAUGCCUUUAACUAAAUGUUUUUAGUAGUCCAAUGUGUUUUUCAUUUUAAAAAUUUCAGCAAAAAAAACAAAACUAUUUUUUUAAUAGUAGCAUAAUGUACACAAAUCAUUGUUUUGCGAAGCAUUUUUGGGUGUCUCUGCAAUCUCUGAACUCUUGUCACGUGUAGUUAAGCCAAAAAAUAUUCAAGAAACCCAAAACCCAAGUCUUCAAAUUCUUUAUACUAUCUGCGUAUUUGGGACAAAUUUUUAUUUUUUUUUGGCUUCUCGUAAGACUGCGUAUAGUAAAAUUUUGUGAUGUGAUUCGACCUUUUAAGAGUGUCGCAGUGGAAGUUUUAGUAUAUCGGGCUUGUUUUUUUUUUUUUUUUUUUUACAUUAGAAGUGGAAGUACUAAUGAACAGUGACAAAGUGUAGUGAUGGUGAAUUGGUGAUGAGGAGGCUUAGGUGUUGUAUCGUGGAUGUAUAGUUUUGUUUGUGGUCAAGGUUUUUGUUGUUGUUAUUGAUGAUAAUGACAGUAAUUGGCGCCUUUAGUUGUUCAUUUACAUUCUUUGAAAGUGGUGGUGGUAGAUCUGAUGAUUCUGGUGUUGAUAGUGAUCUUGUUAAAUCUCUACAGACAGAAGUGAAUUGUGUUUUGGAUUUUUUGGACUUCAAGAUUCUAUCAAAUGAAAAGGACUUCACUUUUGUCCUAUGAAAAAACAAAUCAACACUUCAUUUUUUUCACUCUCCAUUUUUGCUUGCUUUGUAGUGGAUCCCUUUUGUGUCAAGAAUCCACUUUGACAACACCCAACCAAUUCAAGAAUCCAUUUUUGCUCUCUAGUAGAUCACUUUAGUGCCAAGAAUCCAUUUUUAGCUCUCCAUUUUGCACUUGCUAGUUUCCCAUUCAUCAAUAGUGAUACCCCCCAUCCCCCACCCCAACCAAAUCAAGAAUCCAUUUUGUGUCAAGGCUCCAUUUUGAACUUUCUAGUUGCCCAUUCAUCAAUGGUGACACCCCUCAACCAAAUCAAGAAUCCAUUUUUGCCUCUCCAGUAAGACCCCCUUUAGUGUCAAGACUCCAUUUUUAGCUCCAUUUUGGACUUUCUAGUUUCCCUAUUCAUCAAUUGUAACUUCCCCCAAUCCAACCAAAUCAAGAAUCUAUUUUUGCUAUGCAGUGGAUCCCUUUAGUCAGAUAGCGUGAGCUUUAGUAUACCGAACUGCCCUUUUCUUAGAUCCCUUUAGUGUCAAGACUCCAUUUCUAAACUCUCCAUUUUGAACUUCCCACUUCUCCAUUCAUCAAUAGUGACACCCCAACCAAAUCAAGAAUCCAUUUUUGCAUCCCUUUAGUGCCAAGACUUCAUUUUUAGUGCUCAAAAUGUCAAGUUCAAUGAAUAUCAAGAACCCCCUUUUCCCCCAUAGUUAGCACAAUCUAGGAAACAUCAAUUUCAAUGGAAAUCAAGAACCCAUUUUUGUUUUUUAUUUUCACAAUAUUUUCCAUAGUUUCCCCCCUAGUAAAAUCGGGUGAUACUGAAGCUUUGCUAGCAUUGAAAGCCACAAUAGACCCUUCAGAUAUUCUAGAUUGGAAAAAGGAAACUGAUUUAUGCCAAUGGCAAGGUGUAAAAGAAUGCAUGAAAGGAAGAGUAACAAAACUUGUAAUUGAAAAUCUCAAUUUGAGUGGCACAUUGGACCAAAAUGCGCUCAAUCAGUUAGAUCAAUUGCGAGUUUUAUCCUUCAAAGGGAACUCGAUUUCUGGCGAAAUCCCGGACCUUAAUGGACUUUUUAAUCUGAAGUCUCUUUUCCUCAACAGCAACAACUUUUCUGGUGAGUUUCCAGUGACAGUGACUUCCCUCCAUCGUAUCAAAGUACUUGUUCUUGCUGGAAACAAACUCUCCGGUGACAUUCCUCUGUCGUUAACGAACUUAUCUCGGUUGUAUGUUCUUUAUCUUGAAGAUAAUCAGUUCACUGGUGAAAUCCCACCCUUGAAUCAGCCUAGUUUGAGAUUCUUGAAUGUGUCAAAUAAUCAAUUUUCAGGCCAAAUAACGGAGACUCCAGUGAUUUCUCGGUUCAAUGAAUCGUCUUUCGCUGGAAAUGUGAAUCUAUGUGGAGCACAAUUGCAUAAUAAUUGUACUUCAACUAGUCCAUCAUAUCCAAUUAUUCCAGAAAAUGUAUCCCAUCAUCAUAAAAGAAGCAAAAAGCUUAUCAUCAUCAUCGUCCCCGUUGUCGUUGGAAUCUUGAUCCUCUGCAUUUUGGCGGGGAUUUUGAUAGCAUGUGUUAGAAAAAGAAGAAGAAAAACUCGAGAUGGAAAGAGCAAAGAAGUUGAAGAUGGUGGAGGAGGCGGGGCCGGAGGGGGAGAAGAGGGGACAAGUCGCGGUGGCAAUGGUGAUGGUGGUAGGGAUGGUAAUAAUGGUGGAAAAGAAGGUGCAUUUUCAUGGGAUCAAGGAAGUGGAGGAUUAGGUACAUUGGUGUUUUGUGGACCAGGUGAUCAACAAAUGAAUUACAGUUUAGAGGAUUUGUUGAAAGCAUCAGCUGAGACAUUAGGGAGGGGUAUAAUAGGAAGUACAUAUAAAGCUGUGAUGGAAUCCGGCUACAUUGUGACUGUGAAACGGUUGAGGGAUUCGAGGUUUCCGAGGUUAGAGGAGUUCCGGCGACAUGUGGAAAUUAUUGGUAGGCUAAGACAUCCUAACUUGGUCCCACUACGAGCGUAUUUUCAAGCUAAGGAAGAACGUUUACUCGUUUAUGAUUAUUUCCCUAAUGGCAGCCUCUUCUCCCUCGUUCAUGGAACGAGGGCUAAUAGUGGUUCAAAGCCUCUUCAUUGGACCUCCUGUCUCAAAAUUGCAGAGGACGUGGCUACUGGAUUGCUUCAUAUCCAUCAGAACCCUGGACUGACUCAUGGAAACUUGAAAUCAUCAAAUGUUCUCUUAGGGUCCGACUUUGAAUCAUGUCUUACGGAUUACGGCCUCAUGCCAUUUAGGAAUCCAGAUUCUCCAGAGGAAUCAGGUGCUUCUUCCCUCUUCUACAGAGCUCCUGAAUGUCGUGACAUUCGAAGGCCAGUGACCCAUCAAGCUGAUGUCUACAGCUUUGGUGUCCUUCUGUUGGAGCUCCUCACGGGAAAAACUCCUUUCCAAGAUCUUGUUCAAGAACACGGAUCAGACAUACCGAGGUGGGUAAGAUCUGUUCGAGAAGAAGAAACUGAAUCAGGUGAUGAACCUGCCUCUAGUAACGAAGCUUCAGAAGAGAAACUCGGUGCUCUCUUAAACGUUGCCAUGGCUUGUGUUUCACUUGUACCUGAGAAUCGACCCACAAUGAAGGAUGUUUUGAGGAUGAUCCGGGAUGCUAGAGCAGAAGCUCAAGGGUCCUCUAAUAGCAGUGACCAUUCGCCAGGACGAUGGUCAGAUACCAUCCAAAGCUUGCCAAGAGAUGAUCAUUUGAGCAUAUGAGUUUGUAAUAUACUUAUGGAGGCUCGGAAUAACAUGUCUUGAUUCUUUUGGUAGGCAGAAGUGUCUUUGUAAGUUAAGCAUCAUCGGCGAAUUUGAGUUCUCAGGGAUUUGUUGAUUCAGUUCUUGCAAGUCCAAGGACUUGCUACGUUUCUUAUUUUUUUCUAUAGGUUUAGCUGCCUGUAUGUACGAGAUUUGCUUUUGUACCACUUGAUUGACAUUCAUCAGUUUAUGAUCCUUGCUAGCAUGUUUUGUUAGGAUUGUAAUUGUAAUUGAGGUUCCAACACUUUCUUUUAACAAAGUUAAUUGUUUGUAUCCAA